AAGAAAAAGAAGCUCGUGACUUUACAUGUGUUAACGAGUUCAAAAAACAGACCGUUGCGUUCUCCCUGCAUCUGAUUCACACCCAACAUCAACCACUUUCUCCAAACACAAAAAUCUCACGGCGAAUUGAUAAAUUAGGUUUCGAUGGAAGCGAGUUCCGACUUCAAUCUGAUCGACGUGUCAUCGGAGAACGACUCUCUUAUCGCCGCCGUUGGUGAUCACGAUCCCUCUUCUGCACUCCCUUCUCAUUCUCCAGGAAAUAUAGGUGAAAAUGGAGGAGAUGGCGGGGAACUUGGUAAUGGAUCGGCUGAAAAAUUUUCACAGCCAUUUGAAAUAACAGAACCUGAAUCCAUUAAGAAAUCUGGCAAGUAUAAUUUGCGUAAGAGCUUGGCGUGGGACAGUGCCUUCUUCGAGAGUCCAGGUUUUCUGGACGCUGAGGAUAUAUCAACCAUGAUUGAUGGAGCUCAGAAGGCUAAGCAACAUCUUUUACCUGGAAUUGAUGAGGAUAUAAGCAGAUCUACCGAGUCGAUCUCAACAUUACUAAGUGAGAAUUUGACUCUAGAAAGCCUUGAGUCUGAAUUGUUUGAGGACAUCAGAGCUUCAAUUCAGAAAUCUAGCAAGGCCUCUGGCAUAUCAAAGUCAAGCUUAAAGGCAGCAGCAGAGGAGACAGAUAAACCGAUUGGGUCUUCUGUAAAAAAGGUGGACACCACUCCGCGAAACAGGAUUGCAGCAAAUAAGGCUUUGACGAUGCAAAGUGGUGGAAUGCAAGGAUCUGGAAGGAUUUUGAAGAAAGAUUCCAAUUUUCCACCACCUACACAGCCUGAUUUGCGAAAGGGUAAGUCUGCUUCAUCACUUUCUCAACCGUCGAAGGUCAUCACCAAGCCGGGAACUGUGGUGGCAAUUACAGCCAAAAGGGCUUCCAUAGGUGUCAAUCGUACCAGAGAUGAAAUUAACAACUCCAAAGCUGGGGUUAAAGGAAUACAAGUUCCCAAAGCAGCAGGGUUGACUGGUCCCCGGAGGAAUGUGCCUAAGCCUGCGUCAUUUCUUGAAGCAUCAAAUUCGGUGUCUUCUGGUGCUUCUAAUAUGGAUGUCGGAAGAUCUUCUUCCUCUAGCAACAAUGGUGGUAAGAGUACUUUUACCAAGAAGGUUCACAAAAUUGCAUCAACUUCUUUAAGUACAAAAACGGAAGUCAAACCUGUUAUCAAAGCUUCAUCUUCAAUACCUAAAUCUUCAUCAAAGGUUCCAUUGAGGAAAAAGCCAUCUGGUAAAUCUGGUCUACCCUCUUCCUUGAUGUCAUCUAAGAUAACUUCCAGCAUGUCACCUUCAAGUUCAGUGAGUGAAUGGUCCUCGGCUUCAUCAUCGACCUCUACUGCCAACCAAAGGUUCAUGUCAAGGACAAGCAUUGAUGCCAACACUCUGUGCUCUACUGAUAAUCAAAAGUUUUCUGCAAGGAUGAGCUUCGAUACCAAUAGUUCCUUAAGGUCCAUGGACAGUGACACCCUUUCUAUUCUGAGUUCUGAUGUCCAGUCAAAUGGUGAUAUGUCAGAUGGGAAUUUGAACCACUUCAAAGAAUAUGUUAGUCAGGAUGCGAAGAAAUCUUUUGGGCAAAGUAGUGUGCUUUCUAGAUCUGCUUUAACAAAACCCUCUGGACUUAGAAUGCCGUCUCCGAAAAUUGGGUUCUUCGAUGGAGCCAAAUCUGUGGUUCGUACUCCAAGUGGAUGUAGGCAGUCUCAACCACUUUUACCAACUGGUUUGCCUAAAGUCGGAGUUGCAAUCCGUAGCCCAGUUGGGAGCUUGAAGAAAGCUGAAGAAACGAUUCCACUUAAAAAAAAGGCAGCUGCAGGUGCAAUUACAGUGUUGGAGACUUUAAAAUCUGCUUCUCCUAAACUAUCUCAAGAACCAUUAAUGGCCCCUAUGGAAGUCCACAGUGCUAACACGAAUAAUCUAUCAAGUCCUGAUUUAUCUUCUGAGAUGAAAAGUUCAAACAAGACAAGUGGAAAGCAACAGCCUGAAAGGACUAGUACAAACCUUGAGCUUGAAGGUCCAAACUUUGCUUCUUCGAAACCAUCUCAAGAGCGUGUUCCUAGUGUUUCUCCAGAUGUUCAUUAUGAAAUAGAUGGAUCAAACUGCCUCAAGACUGAGUAUGUGAAAUCCGGAAAACCUGAUAGUGCUAAACAAGCUAUAGCUGAUGCUCCCGAACCAGAGAAUGAUGAAAACCUGCUUAUUAAUAUAUAAUAUUGGUUUCUUCGUGUUUCUGUUUUAAGAUUAAUUAUUAAUAAUUUAAUUAGCUUGUAAGUUGUAAUUCUACUCUGAAAGUGGAAGCUCAUAGUAUCUAUUUUGUCUAAAGUUAUGAUUUUAGCUUACAGUUCUA